AUGUAUAGCAGCACGACGUGUUAUGUUUGGCUGAACUUCUUCUACUACAUCCAGAUUGUCCCUGCAAAUCGAGCUCUUUCGAUCUGGGUAAAGAGGAACAUCAGGUCUUUCAUCUACGUGGCUUUGCUUCUCGAUGGGACCCUUUUUUUGUUCAAUAGUGUCAUGAAUAUUCCAGAUGUAUUCAGUGGCUUCACUUGCAUUAACGGUACAGGGUAUGCACAUAGACCUGAUGAAGUGUACUUCUCAAGCCAAGUUUGUUUCUUCAUCAUCAACGUGCAUAUCCUGAUCUGUCUGUGUAUCAUGACAGUUUCUAGCUUUUCCACAGCCCACUACCUAUUUAGACACAUGAGGAACGUGGCGCAGAGUGGCAGCUGCUUCUACACACCGAGGAUUCAAAGACAGAUGAGAGUCACCAUCACUGGGAUCUCUCAAGGAGUGUUCUACUUCCUCUAUGACACUUUCCAUCUCUUAGAUUCUUUCGCCUACAUGUUCGCCCCAGACUUUUACUUCAGUUAUUCUGUCUCCUUCACCGUCACCUCACUGUUCAUAUCAGGCAACACUAUCAACCUGGGAAUCGGUCAGUUUAUAUUCAGGCAAAGGGUGGCUGCUGUUUGGAGGGCUCUCAAAGCACUGUGUAUUGUUGCCAUAGUGACAGAUAAUAUUAAACUGCACUCUGGCCAGGUGACAUCAGGUGAAAUAGCUAAUACUUUAACUGUUAAUGGCCAAAUGAGGUUGUGA